CCUCCUGCAGAGGAAAUCGAGCAAGGCCAAGGAGAAGAAGCAGAAGCGCCUGGAGGAGCGGGCGGCGAUGGAUGCCGUCUGCGCCAAGGUGGAGGCGGCCAACAAGCUCGAAGAUCCCCUCGAAGCCUUCCCGGUGUUCAAAAAAUACGACCGCAACGGCCUCGAUGUCGCCAUCGAGUGCCGGCGCGGCGCCGGCCUGGAGCCAGCUACCCUCGAGUGGGCUUUCGAGCUGACCAAGAGCAACAUGCAGACGCUGUACGAGCAGAGCGAGUGGGGCUGGAAGGAGCGGGAGAAGCGGGAGGAGCUGGCGGACGACCGCGCCUGGUACCUCAUCGCCCGCGACGCCGCCGCCGGCCCCGUCGCCUUCUCCCAUUUCCGCUUCGACGUCGAGUGCGGCGACGAGGUUCUCUACUGCUACGAGGUGCAGCUGGAGAGCCGGGUGCGCCGGCGAGGGCUGGGCAAAUUCCUCCUACAGAUCCUACAGCUGGUGGCCAACAGCACCCAGAUGAAGAAGGUGAUGCUGACGGUGUUCAAACACAACCACGGCGCCUACCACUUCUUCCGGGACGCCUUACAGUUCGACAUCGACGACACCUCGCCCAGCGUCUCGGGCUGCUGCGGCGACGACUGCUCCUACGAGAUCCUCAGCCGGCGCACCAAGUUCGGCGAGAGCCAGCACGCGCACCCCGGGGGGCACUGCGGGGGCUGCUGCCACUGAGCCCCCCCCCCCCCCCCCCAACACGGAUUUACCCAAAUCUGAAGGUUUUUACCCCAAAACGGGCUCGUCGCUCUGUGCCGCGUACGGGUGUCCGGCCUGGCUGUGCCCCCCCCCCCCCCCUUAUUGUCACCCUACUGUGACCCCCGGAAUUUUGGGUGCUGUCAGGGAGGGUUCUGGUCCCCUCCCUGGAGCGGGGGUGUCCCGCGCUGGGGGGGCAGGGCUCGUAUUUUGGGGCACAACGAGGGUUUUUGCCUAUUUUGGAUGUUUCCGGUGCUGUUUCCAGUGCCUCCGGGCAGCCACGGGACUCCCUCUUUUUGAUCGCUUCGGUUUGUACGUUACAAAUAAAUCGUUCACGAGGAAUAAA